AUGUGGACAUUGCCCAAGCGCUUGCAGACUGGGCUAGCAGCUGGCAUCAGCGCAUGUGAGAAGGCGAGUCGUCUUCAGGAGAGCCUCUUGCUGCUGCGAGCGAUGAGAGCGGCCACAGUUCCAGCCGAUGUCAUCACCUACAGCAGUGUGAUCAGCGCAUGCCAGAAGAGUGGAGACUGGCAGCUAGCCCUGCAUUUGCUGUUUUCCAUGCCCAGUGAGAGCAUCCUGCCCAACACAGUUGCAUUCAACGCGACGAUUGACGCUUGCGCUGCUGGCGUCGCCUGGCCCAUGGCGUUGCAACUGUUGGAGGUCAUGGACUCCAGACAUGUGGUCCCUGACACGAUCACAUAUCAGUCUUUGAUCAGCUCUUGCGAGGAGGCCGGCGAAUGGGAAUUUGCAUUGCAUCUGCUUUGCUGGAUGCCAACUCGGCAAUGCAACGCGAACGUGGUGGGCGCCAGCAGCGCUAUAAGCGCUUGCGAAAAGAGCAGCCGUUGGGAAGCAGCAGUCCUGCUGCUGCAGUCAAUGCCGUUAUUGAGGUGUGAGCCCAACGCCAUCAGCUACAACAGCGCGAUUGCUGCUUUAGAGCGGGGCAGCCACUGGUACAUCGCAUUGUGUCUCAUGCGCGAGAUGCAUGACACGGCUGUGGAUCCAGACCUGACUACCUUCAACGCAGCUGCAGGCUCCUUCGAGAGGUCUGAACGCGUCUCAGAAUUGCUUCCGCUGCUUGAAGAGCGGCUCCCGGCACGUGCUCUGCAAACACUCUGGCAACGAGGAGCCAGGAGCAGAGGAGCGAGGCUGAUGAGAACAGCGGUGGCAGGG